CACCUCACAGAACAACAUCAGAUGACUACAGCGACAAAAUGGACACCGCCUGACAGAACUCCGAGGAAAAUGGCAAAGGUUCGCCAGAAAAUGAAGCGACAGCUUAGCGACAUUCAUCUGUCUUUGACGCGAAGUCAGUGGGUCUUCGACGAAGAAUACCAAAAUACGUGAUACGAGUUGUUGUUUUAAGUCGCUCUUGCAGUCACGCCAGCGAGGAGGGAAAAAUGGCGACGCUCGCCGCUGCCCCGAGGACAAUAAUAACAACAACCAGCAUGGAAAGCUUCGGCUACAGAGGGAUGGCCAUUCUGCCUUGGACAAAGCAGGUGCUGGCGGUGUUGUGGGAGCAGCUUUGGCUGCUGGUGAAGGUAAUCUAUUGCUCCUUCAUGUCAGUCUUCCAGAUGUUCCGGUUUGAGGUCCAUUUCCGAAUAACCGACCAGAUGGGUCAGCACAACCCGGCCGAGUCCUUCCUCUUCUCCUCGCUGUUUGACGGCGACAACGGCGACGAGGACAGCAAGACGGCGGCGGGGACGCUCCUGUCCAGUCUGGCCGCGGCACCCGACGACGGCGUCUACAUGGGCUUUCGCGGCGACUUCAACAUCUUUGUGUCGGGCGGCGCGUCUUCGCACGAGGACAAGUUCUUCGCGGGCGCCUUCCCGGAGGACGAGAGCGGCGAGGACGAGGUGGUGGACAGCAAGGAGAGCGAGGCGCUGUGGGAGUCCCUGUCCACCUGCAAGGACCCCUACAAUCCCCUCUUCUUCUCGGCGUGUCUCGCCUCAAACGCCGCCAAGCGCCAGGAGCGGCCGGGUGACGGCGCGUCAAGUGGGAAGAUCGGCGAUGACAUGUCGGGCCUGAAGAUGUGGGUCAGCCGCUCCGACAGCGACAGCAGCUGGUCCAGCUGGACCAGCUCCGACGCGUCGGGCGGCGACCUGGAGGAGAGCGAGCGGCUUUUGGAGUUCUUCGCCAGUCCCAACGACCCGUACAACCCCAUGUGCUUCACAGCCUGCACCGUCACCAAAGCCCCGACACCCGCCGCCCCGCCCUCCCUCGGGCGCGGCAGCGAGGAGGGCGAGAGCAGCCACGCCUCUUCCUCCGAGGACGACGAGGAGGAGCUGUGGAAGUCCCUCUGCCGGAAAGACGACCCCUACCACCCGCUCAACUUUCAGGCCCGUCUAAGCCAUCUCCAGCCGGCGCUGAGGCCGCAGCCUCCCGGCGCCAAAAAGCUCCAGCCGAAGGGGCGUGUCAGGCGGCACGAUGACAUCACCCGGGUGCCGUGGAAACGACACCAUCGCAAACAUCACUCGGCGGAGAAACACGACAACGCACAAAAAAAGGUGCGUUUCUCCCCGGUGGUGCAGGUGCACGUGAUGCGCACGUGGACAUACGCCAGGCAGGCAUCUCGCAAAGGACCGUGGGAGGAGAUGGCGCGGGACCGCGAGCGCUUCCGAAGGCGCGUCUGUGAGACGGAGCGGGCCGUCGGCCACUGCUUCAGCCCCGCCCACAGAGACAGGCUGCGCGCGUACAUCGACGCCCGGCGAGGAGGAUGAGCGCCAUGGCGGCUUCCUGCGGGUGUUGGAUUGGUUGCAAUGCAACAAUGAUUGGUGUAACUUGGUACCUCAAAGGUUUUCUGCUAGCGACGGCUGCACUGUUGACACUUUUUGUCUUGGCCUUUUUCUGUGCAAUGUUGUCCAUAUUUGCCUUACUUUUUGGACCUAGUCGUGUUCGAUGUUGUAUUUUCACGCCAUGAAUGUAGCGAGUCACCUAGCAGCAGAACCACUUUACUGUUUUUUAUCCACUAUUUCAUGUUUGGUGCAAUUAUUCAUUGGUAAAUUAUUAUUUUUUAUGCCUUUUUGUAUUUUCCUAAUGCAGCCAAAACACGAUAGAGCCUUUUAGGACUGACUGUGAUUAUUAUUAUGACUGAAAACAUGUCUAAUAAAAAAAAAA